UCGGCACUUGUUCUGCGUGGAUGUGCGUUCGUUAGGACCGAAAGUGAAGCGAUUUAUUGCCCGAAUCAAAGGGUUUCGUUGGUUUUGCGCCAUCUGAAUGUGAAGCGUCGAACUAACUUUCGUGAUCGCGCGCGAUCCUUCGACGACGAUCGCAUGAGUGGAACUUUGAACACGUUACUCGAUUGAGUUCGAUCUCGAACCGUCAGUUGCCGUUUGACCGUCGUGGGAUUAAGUCGUCCGAGUCCGAGAGUUCGGUGAUCAGUGUGUGGCAAGUGGUUUAAGUAUCAGAGGGAGAGAGAGAGAGUGCGAUAAGAAGGAAGGAUUAACAGAGUAACAUCUUUCGACGACAAGGGAUCGACUUUGGAAAGGUCGAUCCGUGGCUGCGAACGAAGACAGAAAAAGGAUUGAGUUACACAAAUUUCUGAACGGGGGAAAAGAUCGGAGGUUCGGAGUGAAGUAAUUUGAAGAUCUUGUGGUUUCCAGACCCGAAAAACAAGAGUGAUCACUGUGGAUCGGAGAGCGGAAGCAUGAAGAGUUCAGGAAGGGAUCGGUGUAAUCCAAGUUCCCAGCGGUGCUCAUCGUGGUCAUCGCAUAGACGGUGAGAAAAGAUUUUGAGGUUGUCGAUCUGUCGAAGACAUCCAAGUGUAAGGUGAUCCUCUGAGACGACUGUUGAGUGGUGUGUGAUCUAUUUCGAAACAGGUGAAACAUGAUGGUCGUGAUCAGUGAAUGAUAAAGAUCGAAGCCUUCGUUGAGGGAGUCAAGUGUGUUCAGAAGAGAGAAGAUUCAAAAAAAUGCAACGGAUUUUGGGCGAUCCCAAAAAGGGGGUAUUCUGUCCAGCGGUACUGAUCGGGUUGAUUGUGGUGGGGCUUGGGGCCCAAGGGUCGGAAGCCCUGACGGACGUAGAAUUGGAAGAUGACUACCUCGUCGCAACCAAGGAGUUCGAGCAGCAGUGCAUCCAUCGAUGUCCGGACCAGAAUCGAACCGGCUUCAACGAGCAUAUCGACGUCAGCUGUGGCAGUGAUUGCUACAUUACGCAGUGUGGAGUCGGCUGUAGAUUGUGGGAGCUAGCGCUGGAAUCUUCAUGUCAGAAUGUUUGCAACAAAACCGAUCAGGAGCUGUUCGAGCCGAAGGAGCUGUACUGCGUCAUGGGAUGUAACGAUGCGCUGCAGCGGUACUUCAAGUGGCUCAAGGCGGAGAUUGGCUCGCCACCGGCACCGGCGCUGGUGGCCGACAGCUUGACCGCUACCUCGCUGUCUCUGGAGUGGAAGAUCCCUGAUCGGCUGGUGCAGCUUUCACGACACAAGGAUCACGCUCCUCGGAGCUACCUGGUGCAGUGGCGGUACGAAGAAGUCGCCGGCGACUGGAAGUUCUGCCGGAAUCAGAGUAUGGGCGAUAACUCGACUAUCCGAGUUGACAACCUGCAGCCGUACACCAAGUAUCGGUUCCGGGUAGCGUUGAUCUUGUCGCCGAACCGCGACGACGCCCUCAUCUCGGAGCAGAGCGUCAUCAUCCUGACGCUUUCGCAGGGUGUGCCAAUGUCGGAGCCGAAAAUUGUACGAGCCGUUGCGGUAGAUCAUUCACGAAUAUCCAUCUCAUGGGAACCCGGACCGUUCCCGAACGGUCCCAUCCUUUCAUACGUGCUCCAGAUUACAGAUCUCGAUUCCGAAGACUACAGUGCCCUCAAGGACAUCCCCGAGUCCAACUCGUCUCGCUACUACAUCUACGAGAAGCUCAAGCCGGAGCGCAACUACUCCGUAUCCGUAUCCAUGCGCAACCCCGAAGGCGAAGGACCUCGUUCAACGACCUUCGUCAAAACCCUACCUCAACCUCCGGACCAGGAGGAAGCCAUCAACCCCACCCUGAUACUGUGCGCUGACCGCUCGGUCCUCCUGCAAAGCUCCAACAUGUUCACCGACCGGCCCUCCUACUUCUACCGCAGCAAGGUGCACGCCAUCCGCGGCACUGCCAUCCACAUUCGCCGUAACCUUAUCUUCAUCUCCGACGAUGCCGGCUACAUCUACAAAACACCCCUGCAAGCAGCCGAACGCAAUCGAACCGCCAUUCUUGUUCCCGAAGCCGGGCACAACUUCCGCCCCACACUUCUCUCCAUCGAUUGGCUGAACGAUCACCUGUACAUCCUCGGCUACGUCAAAGCCACCGACCUAUGGCAAAUCUCCCGCUGCGAUCUGAACGGCGAUCGCAUGACCGUCGCUUACGCCGGACUUCAAAGCGAACCGGCCCACUUCGAGGUAGACCCCUUCAACGGCUAUCUCUUCUGGGUGAUCAGCGGUUUCGGCAAAGAUGCCGGGCUCUUCCGACUGGACCUCGGUGACAUCUCCAACGGCGUCAAGCACGAAAUCAGUCCCCAUCGGCUCAACAACCUCCACAACCUCGGUGCCUUCACGAUCAACCACGCCAACUUCCGAGUCCUCGUUUCCGAUCAAACCAACAAUACAGUCCUUUCGAUCUCACUCGACGGCUCCAUCACCGAGGACAUCCGCAAAAACACGGAGCAAGCUCGCUUCCGCAAGGUCAAAUCGAUCGUCCUCGUCAACGGUCUAUUCUACUGGACCAACGGCAAAGACGUCUUCGUCGAAGACCACCACAAAACGUACGACCGCUACUACCACAACACGAUCUCGAUCGAAACCAACAUCACCUACCUCAGCAUCUACGUGAAUCUCUCAUCCGCCCAACCCGUCCCGACGCCCGUCAACCCCCCAAGAAACGUCCAAGCGCUCCUCACCAACAGCAAGAUCAAAAUCUUCUGGAACGUUCCGCAUCUGCUGGGCAUCAAGGGCAAGGGCGCGUGGCAAGAGUGGCGUUACGUGCUGGAGGUGAACGACGGCAAGAAGAUACGGAACAUCAACGGGACGACGUUUACCUCAGAAGAUCUGGCGCUGGUCAGCCCGGGGCAGGAGUAUCUGAUCAAGGCGGCGGCCUAUACGGAUGCCGGUCAGGGGCCGUGGAGUUCCGAGUUUCGGGUGCGGACAUUGAAGGACACACACGAUCGACAUCUGGUGUGGUCCAGCAGCGAGGGGAUUCUGCGCAGUGACGUGAUAGGUGAUAGCGUUGAGACUUUAAUCAGCCGAACGGAGUUGGAAGAUGGGGAAGUUACGGAUAUCGGUUGGUUCGAGAACAUUUUGUACGUGGUCAGCAGCUCGACGUUGAUGUUUUACAAUCAGAGCGAGAGUGGGGUGACGAAACUGCGGGAGAUGGAGUCGGUGGAGUGUGUGGCUGUGGAUUGGAUCGGAAGGCGGUUGUAUUAUUACAACCCGUCGCAGCAGAUGAUCAUGCGGAGUAGUCUACAUGGGGAGCAACCCGAAUUGAUUCAUAACGUUAACAACGUGCGGUCGAUCAAGUUCGAUGCGCUGAGAGGCUUCAUUUACCACUUCACGGCUUACGUCGUGGAAGCAUUCCGGUUGAAUGGCAAGGACAGACACAGCUACUACAUGGAGAACAACCGAUUCGCUGGGAAAGAGGUGAUCGGGAUGACCCUGGACAUGGACAGCAAGAAACUCUACUGGAUUGUCCGGGCUAUGAACAACCUGGAAGUGUUCAGCGCAAACAUGGCCGGAACGGGUUCGCCGAAGGCGAUUUCCACCAUAGCCGUCCUAUCCGAUCAACACUCCGUAGGUCCUCUGACGCACUUUAGCGAUCGCCUUCUCUGGCUACAAAAAGACGAGAUCGUUGUGGGCGAUCUCCAAGCGGAGAACCUCGCACAUAUCAAGAACCAGAAGCUCAACGGCACUCGAGCCUUCGCGAUCAUCGAUCCGGCUCAUCACGUCUACCCGGAGGACAACCGGAAAGUCAACGUUCUGCCCAUGCAAGUUAACGACAGCUCCAUCCGCAUCCAUGGCACCUGGAAGAAGUUCCAGAUCGUGUGGGAUCCUGUCACUAACGUAGACUACGGCAAGGUUUUCUAUAAGCUUUCAAUCAAAGUUGCCGGUAGACCCGAAGAGAUCCUUGAGUUGUCCAAGCCCAUUCACCCUUUCGUAGUCUCCGGACCGAAUCACAUCACCCCUCACACGGAGAUCAACGUAACGAUCAGCGCCUUCACGUACUGGCGGUCCUCGCCGUCCUCCUCCGCCCGGCUGUUCAGUCCCUCCGGUAAACCUUCUCAACCAACGCGACCCCGAGUCUACGUAAGGCACUUCAUCGACCCCAUUAUGGACACUCACAACAUCGAAGCGAUCUUCCGCUGGUCCCCGCCAGAAACUCCCAAUGGACCCAUUAUCGCCUAUAAGGUCCACUGCUGGUAUGAAGAGGACGGCAUUUCCAAUCACGUCCUCCAGGGCGAGCGCAUCAACGGGACGGAGAGAAUCGUUCGAAACCUGCUGCACAACGUUACCUACUUCUUCCGGGUGCAAGCUGCUACGACUGCCCGGGACAGCGAAAUGACUCCGAUUCGCUCGGUGGACACUGCCGAAGAUCACCCGAUCCCGCAGGCGAUGAUCGGGACCCGGGAUCACAUCAUCCAGGUGGACUUCGAUACGAAGAAUUGGACCUACAUGGUGGGAACGUCGACUCCGGUGAAAUUCUUGGCUCGUUUGGCCAGGGAACGGAAGCUGUUCUGGGUGGAUGAGAACAACGAACUCUUCCAGUACGACGGGUUGACGAAGUUGAAACUGUACUCGAUCAGUGGGACUGUUACAGCCUUGACGGUGGACUGGAUCCAACGGAUACUGUAUUGGUCUCAGAGGGAGUUGAUUGGCAGUGCGAUCUUCGCGUUCGAUUUGAGCCGCUUCGAACACGAAGGAGUACAUCUGCAGAAGAUCGAGCACAGAGAAGGCUACUUCAGUAAUCUGGUGGUGUCUCCCUUCGAUCGAAAGCUGUUUUGGGUGGAGAAGGUUCCAGAGGACGUGAUCUUUGUGCACAGCUUCAGCGAGAACAGGACAAGGGAGUUCUUCGACGACAGCUUCGAGGAAUGUCCCAACAGGACGGCGGGUAUUACGGUUCAUCCGAUGCUCACGCUGCAGACAUCGGUCAGCGAAGAAGCCAAGCUGUUUUGGGGUGAGACUGGUUUGAGGUACAUUGGAUUGAACAACAAGACUUGCGUGAACUUCGGGUUGGAGUACUAUCCGAAUAUGACGAGCAUCGCGAAGGAUAGUGAUCACUUCUAUUGGCUGGAUGGAAAUGAUACGAUCGUACGAAUGGAUGAAACUGGAGAUCAAGCAACGAUCGCGAUCCCUUAUGCGAAGACACUGUUGCCUCUGCAGCUUCAGUAUUUCCCGGAGCGGAGAUGCUUGAUUCCGCUGCAAAAGGAUCAGGAUUAUCGAGCGAAUCUUCUGCAGCGUACGGAGAACUCUUUGACUUUGCUUCUGCCAAAAGCGGAAGUUUACCCGAACUGUUCCACUCAGCCCAGCGGAAUCCGAUACAUGAUCUUCUACGAGGAACUGAACGAAGCGAAUCUGAACGGAACGAUCGAUUGCAGUCCCAGAAGUUGUCUGCAGGUUAGUUCGUACGAUCGCAGUAAGACCAUCGAGGGUUUGAAACCCUUCACCAAGUACAAAUUCCAAGUAAUGCUGAUCAACUACUACCAGGAGCACUACCGAGAGGUGGCCGAGCUGGAUAGUCCCCGAAUGGGGUCGAUCGCUGUGUUCAGUACGGCCGCGGGUGCUCCGUCCAAACCGGAGCAUAUUUACGCGGAGGCCAUCAGCCCAACUGAAGCGGUUGUGCAGUGGACCCUGUCGGCGGUGAAGAACAGCGAUCGCGUCUGGUACGAGAUCCACUGGCAGACGGAGAACAUCCACGACGGGGUGAAGAACAAGCAGCAGCAGGUGAUCGGAGACUACGACGAACUGCUAGGUAAUGUCUCGAUCAACCUCAACCGACUUCAACCGAACCACGCCUACACCAUCUGGGUUCAAGCGUACUCGACCGAAACGAUGUUCACCGUGAGCGAUCAGACGAAGAUCGUUACCUUCCCGGAGCCGGACGAUAUCCACUUGGUGUACAAUUCCUCCACGGAGCUCAGCAUCAGCUGGGUUCCUCACCAGCAUAUUUCCCGGUACAAAAUCCAGUACUCAGCGGUCGGCAGCAAGUCCUGGGUGACGAUCUUCGAAACGGGGGUCAACGAAACCUCUCCGGAGAACGACGAGUUCAAGGUGACCGGGCUUCAACCGAAGACGCAGUAUCGCUUCAUUGUGCUGCUGUUCUACCCGAACCGCAAGGAACCCUACGUGUGGCCUCCGGAUGCGCGGUUCGUCUACGAAACCGAUGCCGAUCAUCCAAGCGCUCCGGGUCGUCCGAUCGUGACACAACUCCGACAGGACGUCUACAAAGUCUCCUGGGAACCUGCGAAGGACAACGGAGCUGUUAUUCUGGAAUACGCCCUGGAAGCAUUGGUUCGACUACCUCGCAGUACGAAUCGAGUUGAACGAAGCGUUGAACAGCUCGACGGAGACAGCUCCGAGGACAUGAAUAACACGAUUCCGACGCGCAUGGACGUCAUGACAACCGAUAGCCAGGAGUACGUGACCUUUGAUGAACGCUGGGACCUGGUCUAUAACGGAACCGACGUCUACUGGAUAAUUCCGGAGAAGUUGACCUUUCACAAGAACAAGUUCCGAGUCCGCGCCCGAAACUCCUGCGGUUGGGGCCCAUUCAGCGGUGAGAGCGAUCCAAUCAGCGAGCCCCUACUCUCCAGUCAAACCGGCAGCUACCUGAUGAUCGUGGGGGUCAUCAUCUCCGCGAUCGUGAUCGUUUUCUUCGUGCUGAUCUUCGUCUGUGCGUGCCGUCGGGCCGAGCUUAAAAAGAAAAUUCUAAUCGAUGCAACCACUACUCGCAUUCCAGAUGUGGAGCUGGCGAACCUUCGCGAGCUGCCACGCCGCGGCAAUUUCAUUCACAGCAACAACAUCCUGUACAGCUCGAGCCCGCUGACGGACUCGGAGAUUGCCCUGCUGCCGCAGAUCCGCCGGGAACAGAUCUCGAUGACCAGUUCACCGUUCUUGGGUAGUGGUGCGUUCGGUGAAGUCUACGAAGGAAUCGUCAAGGGAGUCGGAGGCGAAGCGGAGACUCGAGUAGCUAUCAAGACUCUCCGGAAGGGAGCGACCGAGCAGGAGAAGGCCGAGUUUCUGCAGGAAGCUCACCUGAUGAGCAACUUCAAGCACAAGCACAUUCUGAAGCUGAUCGGAGUGUGUCUGGAUCUGGAUUCGCUGUACAUCGUCAUGGAACUGAUGCAGGGAGGUGACCUGUUGAGUUACCUGCGCUCGAACCGACCAACGCCGGGCAACCCGUCAAUGCUUACACUCCUGGAUCUGAUCUCGAUGUGCGUGGAUGUGGCCACCGGCUGUCGCUACCUCGAAGAGAUGCACUUCGUUCAUCGGGAUCUGGCUUGCCGUAAUUGCUUGGUAUCGUCGAUGGAUCCGAGGGAGCGUGUGGUCAAGAUUGGAGACUUCGGCUUAGCGCGGGACAUCUACAAGAACGACUACUAUCGAAAGGAAGGUGAAGGACUCCUGCCUGUCAGGUGGAUGUCUCCGGAGAGCUUGGUCGACGGAGUAUUCACCUCGCAGUCGGACAUUUGGGCAUUUGGUGUGCUUCUCUGGGAGAUCAUGACCCUUGGGCAGCAGCCCUACCCCGCGAGGAACAACGUCGAAGUGCUGCAUUACGUACGGGAUGGUGGUCGACUCACGCGACCACAGGACUGCCCAGAAGAGCUGUAUCAACUGAUGCUCAAGUGCUGGAGCUAUUCGCCGGAGGAUCGGCCAACCUUCCGCUACAUACUGGAAGAGCUGAAAAAACACAAGGCGGGAACCAGUGACUCCAUCAAAAUCACUUCCCAGUUCCCUUGCAAGGUUCAGAAUGGUGCGGUGUUUAACCGAUCCUAUCUGCUUUCCGACAUCAAUCACAACCCGUUCAUGACAGAUAUCAAAUUCGUCGGGAACAGCGGAAGUGGUGGCGGCUUCAUCAUAACUCCGCCGACUUCGUCGAGCGGAGGAAGCGGAGCAACCGUGAUGACCACGACGAUCCCCAAGUACCUGGAGCUGGUCUACGACGACAGUCACAGUCAGAACAGCAAGUGUUCGACCGGAGAGGACGUCCCGCUAACCGUCGGACUACCUCCUGCCUCAUCUCAGCAGAACCAGGUCAUGCCCACCGAUAACGGCUACGAGAUCCCGAUCAACGAGAUCCUCCUGAGGCAGCACUCCAGCAACAGUAUAAAGGGUCGAACGUUCUCCAACUCCUCCACGGUGAGCAACGUGAGUACGCUGCCAGCGGUAACCACUCUAAUUGAGGCUGCUUCGUCGUCCCACUGUCAGGACGACUGCUCCAGUUUGGAGGCACUGCUCCCGAUGGCCUCGAUCCUCACCGUCAAACUCCCCACUGAGGACGAACCCUCGACCAUCGACGGCGUAGACUCCGCAACAUCUCAGUCUACAGAACCAAACGAAACUAGUAUUAACGACGAACAGCUUCCGAUCGCGGAAUCUAGCGCCGACGAGAGCAGGUCGGCCAUGUGAAACUCUUCCGAGAAACCCUACAAGAACUACAAAGUCGACAUUCUCUGAUACUAACAUUCCAAAGAAGCGAACAACUCAAGUAGGAAGAAUCGCUCAAAUCGCACCACCUACUAGAACUACUAGACAAACGUAGUCCUACGUCAAACCGACUGUCAAACGAAUUUCUUCCAAUCGCACGAUAUUUAGCCUAAUUUUCAGUCAAACAUGUGUACAUAAAAUCUACAAAGAACCCAACUCCAUCACACCUAGCCCUAGCUAAAAAAUUAGGCUUAAGAUAGGCAAGCAGAUGUUAAGUUCCGCAAUGUCAGUGUUCUCGUCGCCAAAAAAGGGAGCCUUCCACGCGGCGGUUGAAGUUUCGACGCAAACUUCUACCGGCGAAGCGUGCAAAGCUUCCGUGUAAAAUUUUCCUACUAGGAUUAAGCAUUUGUACAUAGGAUCAUAACCCAAGAACUUUACAUACAUCACCGAAAAGCUCACCGAUGGAAAUCAAUUGUAAAUAAUGAUAACAGUGGCAAUACUUUCACCCUUAUAUUAAAGGUGAUAUUUUUUGUUCCCAGAGAGUGGGAAAGGGAAUAUGUUGAUCAAAGUUUAAACCUUUACUUGUAAGUUGUAAAUCCAAUGUACUACGUUUAUCAGAUCUACUUCUAUGCUACAGUAAAUUAUUUUCGUUUUCCUUCAUGUUUAUAGUUUAUCCAAUUUAUUGUGCUAGGAUUAGGAGUAAGAACGAAACCAAAAAAUAGAAUUUUCAGGAUUGAUAAAAUGAUUUAUUUUCAAUGUAA